AUGAUAAUUAAAUAUGGUUUUACUGCAACAGGAAGAAGAAUUUCAAAAAUACUUAGAGAUGUUGAUAAAGAUUAUUCCAAAGUGUUCAAAUCUCAAUUCUAGAAAAUGAAGACUAAGGAUAUGUCUAAAAAAUACAUUGAUUUACAGGAUACAGAAUAAGAAAUCAAACAUUUUACUAAGCCUCAUAAUCUCAAUAAAUAUAUUAAAUAGUAAUACAAAAAGUCUAUUGAUCGAGUAUUCUAAAAGGAAGCUGAUAGAAUAGAAAGAUAAGAAAUAGAAGAUAAAAAAUUGAAAUGGGUAGAAAAUGCAUUUAUGACAGAAGAAGUUAAGAAAUUUGAAAAAUUAUUAUUUUAAAAAAAUGAACGUUUGCGAUUGAUUAGAUAAGAAGAGAAUCGAGUUUAGAAUCAUCUUCCUCUUUCAUAUUUACAAGAGUAAGGUGAGAGUGAAUAUUUAGAGUUGCAUUCAUAACAUUCAUAAUAUAAAAAUACAUUAAAUGAAUUAAACAAUUAAAGAAUUACAGAGAUGAGAGAGAAUGUGAAUAAUCCAUAUGGAUUCUUAAUUAAAAGUCAAUUAUUAGUAUAAUAUCCAAGUUUAAAAUAAACAAUAGAAACUCACAUCCCAAAACUUGAGAAUAAUCAAAUAGAUAAUUUUGUGAGUGAAUUAAAAUCAAAAGUUGAUUCAAGUAAAAGUUUAAUAGAUUGGGAUGCAGUAAAGUAAUUUUACAUAGGCAUGUAAUAACAAAGAGAUAAUUCAUUAAUUACAUAUUCUCAACAUUAAUCUAGUGUAAAUGUUAUAUAAAAUUAUCAAAAUUAUUUGAUGGAUAAAUUCUAUAAUAAUUCACUCUAGAUGAGAACACGAGGAUAGAUUUAAUUUUCAGAUUUAACUGAGGAAGAAUGUGUUAGAUAUAUUAGAUAUGAUAUAAGUACUCCUGAGAUUUUGAUGAGAUUAGUUUCUACAAUGGAUUAAAUACCUGAUUAAUUCACUCCUAAAAUAGCAUCAUCUAUUUUACAAAAGUUAGUGCUUGUGAAAAAAGAUAAUUUAGCCCUUUUAGGUGAUGAUAGAUACAGAGCCUUAUUGAAUUAUAUAGCUAGAUCUGAAUAUGAUGAUUAAACUUUAGCCUAAACAGUUUUAGCAUUAAGUCUCUUACAACCUAAAUCAAUAUAAACAGUAUAUGAUAAACUAUCUUAUCAUUUGUAUAAUAAUCUAGCCACUCAACUAAUACCUAGAAUUAAGCAGUUUACAAAUUCUUAAUUUUCAAUGAUUGUGAGAAAUUUCCACUCUUUGCCAUUAUCUAAAAACCUUUAACUCUAAGAUCUUUUAGUUUAGAAUAUGAUUAAAAAUAGGAUUAAUAAUAAUUUAAGUGUUUAUGAAGCUGAAUCUUUCAUUUCAUUUUUAUCAAGACCUUUAAUGAAUGAUUAAAGUUUAGAUGUUGUUGUGUAUAAUUUAACAUAAAUAUUAUUAUCUCAACCUAAUUCAAUUCUAGAAAUUGAUCGAGAUACACUAGUUAUAUUAUCUUCAACACUUCUAAAAAUAGAGAAUAAAAAGUAGAUAUCUACUUUAUUGAAGAGCAAUUCAAAAUAUUUUUAAUCAGCAAUUGAGUCUUGUGAAUGUAAACAUCUUGCUUAAUUUUCAUUACUCUUAUCAUAAUUAGAUAUACAUCGAAAUCACGAUAUUAUUUAAUAAACCAAAAAAAGAUUUGUUGAAAUUCUAACUUAUAGAAAAAAAGAAUAAGAUGAAUUUGAUAUUGCUAUGACGAUUUCUUCUCUAAGUUAAAUUGAUAUCAAAAUGAUGUAUCCAAUUAGAAAAGUUAAUGAAGUAAUUCUACUUCAAAUUGUUUUCAAUAGAUAUCCAUAUAGUUAUAAAUCAACUAAUCAUGUGCCUUAUUAAAAAUUAAUCAAUCUCUUAUAAAACUACGAUAAAAUGUUUUCUGAGAAAAGUCUUAUUAUUAUUUUCCACAGUUUAAUAACUAUUGGACAUAUACAUAAGGAUGCUUUCCUUUAAACAUUAGAUAAAAUUUAAGAUACCUAAUACUUGUUUCCUUUAUUAAUCCAGUUAAAUACUUUAGAUCAUAAUCUAGAUUUACUUGUUUCUAAAUUUAAUAAAUAAAAAAAUCCAUCCAUAUAAGGGGUACUGUUUUAUUUAUAAGCCAUGUUUUACUUUAAUAAAUUAGAGGCAUCUGAUUUAGAAAAAGUAGAUCCAAAAAAACUUUAAGAAUUGGAUCAAACUAGUUAAUGCUUCUUAAUGAUGCUAAUUAAUUCACUACCAAAAUCUGAUAUUGGAUAAUAAAUUUAUGAAGAAUUAAUCCUUCUUAUAGAUCCUUAAUUUAUAGAAUAGAAAUAUAUGCUUCUUUUGGCAAGAAUUAAAUCUGAUUUUUAGUAAGGAGAAUUGCAUUUAUUAUUAAGUCAAAUGAGGUAAUAAGCUACUUAGAGAAAUACCGAAAUUGGCAUUGAAAAGUAUUUACCAUAAUAAGUUGUAUAAUAAGUAGCUGAUUUAUUCAUAAAAUAAGGACAUCAAGUAUAAAAAAAUGUCAUAUUUCCCUUAUUUUAAUCAGAUCUACUAAUUGACAAUAAAAUUGCAUUUUAAUUCAUAUCUGUAAACGAAAUGAUAGAUUGUGAAGGAUAAUUUUAAUUUACAGGAAUGUAAAAAUUGUUAAGGAAACGUAGUAAUGUUAAAUUUAUAAUUUACGAAGAAUUCAUAAGAAGCUAAGAUUAAAUUUAGUAUCUGAAAUAAUUUUUAUGA